CUUUGGAUGAUGGAAGAAGUUGAAUUCAAAAAAGUUCAUGAUCCGUAUCUACAAUCCAAGAUGACAAAUUCAGACACCCCGCUUCACUGUGUUUGGGUGCCGGGGCCGAUCAUUGUCGGUGCUGGUCCUUCAGGCCUUGCCGCUGCAGCCUGUCUCAAGAACCAUAACGUCCCAGCCUUGAUUCUUGAACAGGCAAACUGCAUAGCUUCUUUAUGGCAAUUCAAGACUUAUGAUCGCCUUCGUCUUCAUCUUCCCAAACAAUUCUGUCAGCUUCCACUUAUGCCCUUUCCUGUAAACUUUCCAACUUACCCUACCAAAGAACAAUUCUUAGCCUACCUCGAAUCCUAUGCAGAAAACUUUGAUUUGAAGCCAAUUUUCAAUGCAACAGUUGUGAGUGCAGAAUUCGAUUCUAGGUGUGGGUUCUGGAGGGUGAAAACGAAGGUAACUGAGUAUGUUUGCCGCUGGCUGAUCGUUGCGACUGGUGAGAAUGCUGUGGAAGUUGUGCCAAGACUGGAAGGAAUGAAUGAGUUCAAUGGACCAAUUGUGCACACUAGUUCGUACAAAAGUGGUGAGGGUUUUGAACAUAAAAGUGUUUUGGUUGUGGGCUGUGGGAAUUCUGGGAUGGAGGUCUGUUUGGAUCUCUGCAACUAUAAUGCUUUUCCUUCACUUGUGGUUAGAGAUUCAUUGCAUGUGUUACCACAAGAGAUGUUUUGGGUAUCAACUUUUGGACUGUCAAUGUGGUUGCUCAAAUGGCUGCCGGUGCAAAUAGUUGAUCAACUCUUGCUUUUCGUAUCACGGUUUAUGCUUGGUGACACAAGUCAUAUUGGCCUCAAUAGACCGAAGCUCGGCCCACUUGAGCUAAAGGGCAUUUCUGGAAAAACACCCGUGUUGGACGUUGGCACGCUUGCAAAGAUCAAGACGGGCGAUAUCAAGGUUUACCCGGAAAUAAAGAGACUGGCAUGCAACGUCGUCGAGUUUGUAGAUGGAAGAAAGGAGAAAUUUGAUGCCAUAAUUCUAGCCACAGGUUACAGAAGUAAUGUUCCCACUUGGUUGAAGGACCUGAAUCUAUUCUCGGAGAAAGAUGGAUUUCCCAUGAAAAAGUUCCCUGAAGGAUGGAAAGGCAAACAUGGAUUAUAUGCUGUAGGGUUUACAAAGCGAGGUCUAUUGGGUACAUCUAUCGACGCUUCAAAGGUUGCAAAAGAGAUUGCAGGUCAAUGGAACAACUCUCAUCGAAAAUGUGAAAUUCUACAAGGACGUAAAACUAGUAUAGAUUCGUAA